AUUUUAAAAUCGAAAAUAAACCCUAUAUCAAGACCAGAUGCCAUAAAAAUAGCACAGUCAAUGCAAUAUUUAUUCUUAUUUACUACACCAAAGCUAAAUGAUAACCACUAUUUAAAUAAAAAUAAAAAGAUCUCUACAAAUAAAAUGACAUUCAAAGACGAUAAAACAUGCUUUUCUUUAAUUAAUGACGAUAAUAUAAAUAGUUAUAAUAGCUAUAGUAGAUAUUUUACAGAAAUGUAUUUUAAAUUGAAAAACCAGAGCUGGAUACCAGAUCAACAUAUUCAAACUAUAUUUUCAAGCUAUAAAUUAAAUAGUAAUAAUAAUAUUAAUAAAGAAAAUAGAUUAUCAAAUAGUGAAACAAGUAUUUCAAAUUCAGAAAACUAUCAUUCUUCAUCAUCUAUUUCAUCAUCAACAUCAACAUCGUCAAUGGAAAAUUUAUCAAUUGAUCCAACUCAAGAUAACAACAAUAUUAUAAAUAAAGAAACUGUUGAACAAAACCCAAUCGAGUUUGAAUCAAUACAAAUAAACGAUUCAAACAAAGAAAUUAUAUUAGAAAUAGAUUAUAAAGAUGAAGAAACUUUAGAUUUAUCAAAUUAUAAAUGGACCAAAUAUGUGCAAAUUUUAAUCUUCCUUAUUAUUAUUUCAACUGCAGGUUUAGGUUCGCAGUGGCGUUUAAUAUAUAUUGUAUUUAAUACCCCACCUAUAAUUUAUUUAACCAUUGGGGCAAUAGCUUGUGUUUUUUGGGCGACAGCUUUAAUAGUACUUUCAUAUUCUUUUAUUUCAAAUCGUCAAUAUACAAAAAAGAACCUAAAGGGUGGUUUAAAUGUAACCAUAUACAAUAUAAUGUCACUUUCAUUUUUUCAAAUUGCAGAUAUAGCAAACUAUGUCAAUAGAACAUUAGCAAUUAUAUUAUUUUGGAUUGCCGCUGCAGUAUUAUUAUGCACGAUGUUAUUCACAUAUAUUCAUUUUGCACUCCGUAUUAAAAGAAAACAUCCGAUUUCAUUUACUCCUUCAUUCGUUUUCUCUGGCGGGGCAUUGAUUAUUGUAGGGUCUGUAGCAAAACAUAUAGGAUAUACAACAAUUGCUUGGAUUACAUUUGGAUAUGGUUCAAUUUACAGUGUUAUAGUUCAUUUUCUAAUUAUUAUAGAGUAUUGUAAAAGAGGUCGAAAAGGUUUCUUUGUACCUUUAGAAUUAAUACCCACUCAGUCUAUUUUCGUUGGUUAUUCAUCAUUCAUUUUUUCAACCUUGGUUACUAUUCAAGAAAAGCUCACUCUUUUUUCAAGAUUAUUGUUUUUAUAUGCUAUUUUAAAUAUUAUAUUCGUCAUCGUUUCAUGGGCAAUUAGUAUCAAAAAAGCACCUAGACGUUAUAUUCCGCCAUUUAAUCUAGGUAUGUGGGGAUUCAGUUUUCCUGCCAUUUCAUUUGGUGUGUGCACCAUUUUCUAUUAUAAAUAUACCCCAUUUUUAAUAACCAAAAUAUUUACAUAUAUAAUAAUAAUAAUAAGCAAUUUAAUUUAUUUCACACUCAUAUCAUGUACAAUUUACUCUGUAUCAAAGAAAAAUUUAUUUAUCGUUUCAAAAUUCAACAAAUCAUCAUUUCUAUCACCCAAAUUUAAUAAUAUAAAAAACAAUAAUAAUAAUAUUAAUAUUAAUUUAGAUGAAAUAAAAAAUAAUAAACUAUAAAAUUAAAUUAUAAUAAUAAAAAACUAUUCAAUUUAAUCAUUUGAUUUUUUUUAAAUAAAAUUAAUUUAAAAUUACUAUAUAAAACUAUAGUGAUUUAUUAUUAU